CUCCAACGUCACCCACCCCCGCCUCCCAUGCCAUCGCGCAACGCCAGCCCCCGCCGCCUGGGCUCCGUGGGCGGCUCAAACGGCUUCAACGCCGCCCCGCAGGCGUCGUCGCUCGGCUUUGUCGCCAGCCGCGCGCUUCAGCACACCGACAUGACCAUUGACCGCAACCCCGAGAUCGCACCGAACGCGAUGCCGUCCCCCUUCGAACCCCACCCCCUCCGCCGGCACCGCCUGCAGCGCGGCUUCUCCCUCGACCAGGUGCAGAACCUUGGGAUUAUCUCGUCGCAAGAACGCAGCAUUACAGACUUUGAGAACAUCCCCGUAGCCAGCGAGGACAUUGCCAAGCUUCCCACGAAGCUCCGGCCGUACUACGAGAAACUGGCGGAGAUCCACGAGCACUACGCCGAGGUGGACACGCUACUGUCGGGCGAACUGCCGUCUAUUAUCGCCGGCAGCUUCCGCCCGCCGCCGCUGCGCAGCAUCUACCCCAGCGACGCGGCGUAUGUCAACGCCGUCGAGUGGCAGCGCAGACACACGGCGUGGCAUGUGCGUCCGAAGCGAAUGGACGGGGACGUGAUCAUCGACGACGAAGAUGAAGCCGCCCCGGCGGACGAGAGCACGCCGCUCGUGGGGUCAAAGCAGGCCAAACGCGAGCGGCUGGCCAAGCUUGCGCUGCAUAUCAACACAAUCGUGAACGCCCUGCUCGUCGGAGUCAAGGCCGUGGCCGUCUGGUACUCCUCCUCGAUCUCGCUCAUGGCGUCGCUCAUUGACUCGGCCCUUGACCUCCUCUCGACGUUUAUCAUCCUUGGAACGUCGUGGGCUAUGGGACAGGAGAGCGACCGUCAUCUGUACCCUGCCGGCAAGAGACGUUUCGAGCCGCUCGGUGUGCUCAUCUUCUCCGUGGUCAUGAUCUGUUCCUUUGUCCAAGUGUUUAUCGAGUCCUUCCAGCGCGUCUUCCGGCACGAGCGCCCCGAGACCGUCGAGCUUAGCACGAUCGGCCUCUCAACCAUGCUGGCCACGAUCGCCACCAAGUCGGUGCUCUGGUGGUGGUGCUCGACCAUCCCCAGCUCGGGUGUGCAGGCUCUCGCUCAGGACGCUGAGAACGACGUGUGGCUCAACGUCAUGUCGCUGUCCUUCCCGUGGCUUGGAGAGAAGCUCAACUCGCCGCUCCUUGACCCUAUCGGCGGUAUGGUCCUCUCCCUGUACAUUAUCAUCGCCUGGGUCAGGACCCUCUUCGAAAACUUCAGCAACUUGUCGGGCAAACAAGCAUCCCCUGAUCAGAUCACGCGUGUCCUGUACAUGGUAACGCGGUUCAACCCCGUGCUCGAGAUCUCGGACGUCGAGGUGUACCAUAUCGGUGACGAUUUUGUCUGUGAAGUCGACGUUGUGCUUCCGCAGUCGACAUCUCUCCACCACGCCCACGACGUCGGAGAGACCAUCCAGUGCAUGCUCGAGAACCUUGACGGCGUCAUCCGUGCCUACGUUCACCUUGACUACUCAUCUUCGAACCCGCAACAGCACACCUCCCGAUGGGGUCCGACCCGCGCGACAGUGGGCCCUGUCCCUACGGGCGAGCGGUCACCUGCACCCUCGGAAUCUUCUCUGUUAUCGGGGUCGGUUACGCCCCGGGCGACAACGCUCCUCUCGCAGGGCCAUCAGCGACUGCAGUCGUUGCCCGACGCACCGAGCAUCCCAGAAGAGACAUCGUAAUAAGGAUUCUCCCUCCGAGGCGGGCCACUCCAAGGACGCACUGGGCGCCGCGGUUUCAAGCCACAGUGUUGCGCAUCGACCUUCUGCCCUGCGUUACACCUCGUCGGGCUUCGGCUUGCUCUCCCUUCGGCCCGGGCACCCCACUUACACACUGUACAGACAGAACCCAAUGUAGACAUGACACGAGCCCACCGCGACGAUGACG